GUCAUCCAUCAUUAGCAAAUAAAUUAGAAUCAACAUUCUUUAGAGUUACAAUAACUGGAACAACAAUUUUUACACCACAAUUAAUUUCAUCCUCAAAUUCAUCAGUUCUCGUAUAUGAAGCCCCAUUAAUGGAUCAGGGAGAUUAUAAAGUACAAGUACGAUUAACAUUUUAUGAUUAUACAGAAAUUUAUUCUUUCGAAUCUGAUGAAAUACCAGAUCCAAGAUUAUCUCCAAAAGUAAAAAUAAUUGAUCGUGUUAUUGUAAAUGGAAGUUUCACAUUUAAAGUUGAACAAUCUCCUCUAUGGGAUAGAUUAAAACCUGAAUUACCUGAUUCAUGUUCUGAUAUUUCCAUAUUGAGAGGAAGAUGGACUGGAGAUCUUUCACAAUUUAUACCAUAUAAUUGUAUUAUACCAAAAAAUCCUGAUAAGAACUUUUUAGAAAUCCAAGUUUUUAACAAAGGAUAUCCAAAAUUUAUUGAUUAUAAUAAUUUACCUUUUAGAUAUACUUGGAUAAGAUUCUUGGGAGAUUCAAAUACAAGAAGAUUAUUUAAUAAAGUUCAAGGUAAAAUAGGAGGUUCAUGUAUUGCGAUAAAAGAUGGUCAAAAUAAGAGUAAAAAUACCCAAUACUUUUGCAAAGCAAAUUAUACACAAACAGAUUUUCUUGGAGAAAAAGAUCCUCGUCCAAGAGAAAUUUAUUUAACUUAUGAAUGGUAUUUUCCGGAAAGUAAUUAUAGUUUGGAAACUUUAUUAAGUAACACAUUUGAACAAUCUUGUAAACAAUAUGAUAAAUGUAUGGAAAAUAUACAAUGUGAUUCAAAUACUAUUAGUUCAAAAAAUAUUUGUUCAACAAAACAAGCAGAUUAUACAUUUAUAUCUAUUGGAUCUCAUACUCCAGGAUGGAAUGUUGAGAGUAAUGAUAAAUAUCUUGAAAAAAUAUUUCAGCAAAUUCAUGAUGCGAAUUAUAGAGAAAAACUUACAUUUAUUACCACUAAUGUCGUUAAUAUAAAUAAAAUACCAGAAUAUUAUAAAAAUCAAUAUUUAAUAAGAAAUAAUUUUAGGAUAACAAAAGUUAAUGAAUUAUUAAAGAAAUAUGUUGAUAAAAGUCAAAAAGAUGGUUACAAUAAUAUAGAUUUAUUAGAUUUUUUUGGAACCACCCAACCAAUAUGUGAAUAUUCAGGUGAUGCUGUACAUUAUAAAGAUAGUGUUUAUCAAGAACAAACUCGAUUGGUACUUGAUAGAUUAGUUAGUUAUAUAAAAACGAUACACUAAAUAAAUAACCUUAAAUUUUUUUAUGUAAUUAUACAUAAUUAAUAUGUAAAUCC